GAGGCAAGGCUUUUUUGAAUGUGAUGCUGGAAACCGAAACCUUUUGGAGUCGCAGGUCCUUUCCUCGGUUGACUGUGAAUCUCUGGGUGGAGAGAGCCACCCGCCUUCGUCUCUCGGGCCGGGAAAGGUCAUCGACGCGGCGCACGCUCCUCUGCGGGCAGCCGGUUUCACCUGCGGGACCCGACGUGGAAGCCCAGCCUGGGGUAGGGUGGCCGCGGCCGGGUCGCCGGGCCGGAGCUACCGAAUGUACCAUGCUUUCUUGUGAUAUUUGUGGUGAAACAGUAACCUCAGAACCGGACAUGAAGGCUCAUCUCCUAAUUGUUCACAUGGAAAAUGAAGUUAUAUGUCCAUUUUGCAAAUUGUCAGGUGUGAAUUAUGAUGAAAUGUGUUUCCAUAUUGAAACUGCUCAUUUUGAACAAAACGAAUUAGGAAGGAACUUUGAGAGGAUCAAUACCAUACACUGUGGAACUUCAGAUAACAGGAAGGACAACACCCAGCAGAGUAGAAUGGAAGUUACUUCAAGUAUUCAUUCACCCUGUGCAUCUAAUCACCCAAAAAUUUCAGCUCAAGGCCUGCCAAAGGAUGGCACUUUAGAACAUAAAGCCUUUUAUUCAGAGAACUUGACUGAAUCUAGAAAAUUCCUGGGAAGUAAGGAAAAACAGUGUGACCUAUCCAAAAUAAAAGGAUCAAUUUAUGACACAGUGUAUAGUCCUCCUGAAUGUCCAUUCUGUGGGAAAAUAGAAGAUUGUACUCAAGAUAUGGAAACUCAUGUGAAAACAAAUCAUGCCAAUCUUUUAGACACUCCAGUAGAAGACUGUGAUCAACCAUUGUACGACUGCCCUAUGUGUGGGCUCAUCUGUACAAAUUACCAUAUUCUCCAGGAACAUGUUGACUUGCAUUUGGAAGAAAGCAGCUUUAGACAAGGCAUGGAUAGAGUCCAAUGUUCUAGAGACCUGGAAUUGGCUCACCACCUUCAAGAAGAAGAAGACAGAAAGAGAUCUGAAGAAUCAAGACAAGAAAGGGAAGAAUUUCAGAAGCUACAGCGACAAUAUGGUUUAGAUAAUUCUGGAGGGUACAAACAGCAGCUACUACGAAGUAUGGAGAGAGAAGUAAAUAGUGGAAGAAUGCAUCCAUCUGAAUUUCACAGAAGAAAAGCUGAUAUGAUGGAAUCACUAGCUAUUGGUAUUGAUGAUGGGAAAACAAAAACUUCUGGGAUUAUUGAAGCACUUUCUCAGCAUUAUCAGAACGCUGCCCCAGAUGUCAGGCGUGUGUGGCUUUCUGCAGCAGUGGAUCACUUUCAUUCCUCUCCUGGUGACAAAGGUUGGGGUUGUGGUUACAGAAAUUUCCAAAUGCUACUGUCAUCAUUAUUACAAAAUGAUACUUACGAUGAUUGCUUGAAAGGUAUGGCAGUUCCUUGUAUUCCAAAAAUUCAGUCUAUGAUUGAAGAUGCAUGGAGAGAAGGUUUUGAUCCUCAGGGUGCCUCUCAACUUAAUGACAGGCUACAGGGAACUAAGGCCUGGGUUGGAGCAUGUGAAAUAUAUACACUUCUGACCUCCCUAAGGGUAAAGUGCCGCAUUGUGGAUUUUCACAAGUCAACUGGUCCUUUGGGUACGCACCCUCGCCUGUUUGAAUGGAUACUGAACUAUUAUUCUACAGAGAGGGAAGGGGGUCCAAAAGUAGUGUGUACAUCUAAACCUCCUAUCUAUCUGCAACAUCAAGGUCAUAGUCGAACAGUUGUUGGAAUUGAAGAGAGAAAAAACCGAACGUUAUGUUUACUAGUAUUUGAUCCUGGAUGUCUGUCUCGAGAAAUGCAGAAACUAUUGAAGCAAGACAUGGAGGCUAACAGUCUCAAGCAACUUAGGAAAUUUGUGGGAAAUUUAAAGCAUAAACAGUACCAGAUAGUGGCAGUAGAGGGCAUUCUUACUGCAGAGGAGAAAAUUGCCAGGAGACAAGCAUCUCAAGUGUUUACAGCCGAGAAGAUUCCUUGAAGAAUUAAGCAUUUCAGUGAGUGUGGAACUUCAUGUCCCAAUUCAUAUGUUAAAUCCUUAAUGCAACUUAUGAACCUGUGAAUUCUCUAAAUACUCAACUUUUAGUUUCUAAAAUGUCUAAAUAUAUCAUUAGUGAUUCACUGUUUAGAAAUUAUUUAGAAAAAUAUCUUGUUUGCAUUGUGGGUUUUGUAUUUCUUACCCAUGUUUCAGAAAUGAUUUUCUAUUGUAGUCAUAUUUUAUAUUUAUUGCAUUCUUAUGUUAGGUAUGCUUAGUAUUUUCCAUGUAUUAAUUAGUUUAAUAUUCAAAAUAGUUCUCUGAGACAAGUGUUAUUAUUAGUGUGUGAGGAAGCGGAAACUGCAAGAUUAGUAAUUUACCUGGAAAAUUUUUCAUAAUCCCAGGCUGUCUUACUUUCAAAUUCUUACCAAUGCUUGGGUGUUGUGUACACAAUGUAAUAUACAGAUCAUGUAUCAUAGAAAUUACACUUGAAAUCUAUAUCAUAUUAAUCAGUGUCACCCCAAUAAAUUUAAUCAAUGUCACCC